CACGUUUAGUUGGGCCAAUUGGAAAUUAAUUUCUGGCAAACCCACACGCCCAAAUUCGUAAUCGUCUGGCCCAAUACCUCUUGCAUGCUCUCCACACACCGCCGUGUUCUAUCCACCAGCAGCCUCCGCCGCCGCCUGCAAACUCUGCUGCCGGCACCGCAACGAACACCGUCUCAUUCGCAAUCUUGGCAUAGAAAAUUGGUGCUAAUCAUCAACAAUCGCUGGAGGUUGCAGCAUUGCAGAAAGUAAUGGAGGAACAAGAUUGUGAGAAAGAAUCGGUGAAGUUGGCUUCAGAAGAGAUCUCCCACGAAUUCAAAACCCUUGUCAACUCAAAUGAUCUCCAAUCACUUAAUCAUUUACAGAACACCAUUCAGUUGGGAAGAUUGCAGGACAGUAAUGCCGUGUUGUCACACUUCAAUGAGUUCUCUGAGCAUUGCUAUGCCGAGAUUUCUGGAGAUCUCGCCAGGAACACUCGAAUUCUCAAGUCUAUCAAGACUGACCUUGAUUAUAUUUUUCAGAAGCUAAGAAGUAUGAAGUCAAAAAUUUUGAACACCUAUCCAGAUGCAUUUCCUGCAGAUUCGGAGAGCGAAGUAGUUGAUAGGAGACCAGAUCUUGAAAUACCCAAGUAAUUGCUGUUGUUAUUAGAACACAAGUAUUAUUAGGACAAGGAAGCCAUGUAGUUUAUAUAUUUUAUUGUUAUGAGUUAUGGCAGCAUCAUUGGUAGUAAUAAUAUGAAAUCGCAUUAGCAUUUUACAAUCUUUGGGAUUUGGAUCCUCUAAAGUUUGAAUUUCACUUUAGAGAGUAAAGUGUGAUCUCUCACCAUUUAUUUCAUAGGUGAGACCAAUAAUAAAUAUGAAAGAGAAAUUAUUUAAGGAUAGAAAAUCACACUUUAUUCUCUAAAAUAAAAUUCAAACUUUAGAAGAUCCAAAUCCUAAUCUUUGUUCUAUCAACAUAACUAAUGAAUCUGAAUUAAUACGAAUUAUACAAAGCACAAUAAAAAUUACGAAUUA